AUGCUCACGCACCAGCACCGCCCCGCAUGGCGCUGCGCACGCCAGCACCGCCCACGCUUUCUUUGCAUCAGCGCCGCCACACGCGCUUGCUGCACGCCAGCCGCCGCCCGCGCAGUUGCGCCAUCAGCACCGCCCACGCUGUUCUGCACGCACCAGCCUCGCCACGCGUCACUGUCACACCGCCCGCCAUUUCUCUUUCAGCACCGCCACGCUGUUCUGCACGCCAGCACGCAUGCUGCACGCAUCAACGCCACUCACUCUUCUGCACGCCAGCACCACCCACGCUGUGCUGCACGCACCAGCACGCCACCGCGCCUGCACGCCAGCACCACCCACGCUUGUGCUGCACGCACCAGCACCACCCACGCUGUUGCUGCCACGCCAGCGCCACCACGCUGUUACUGCACGCACCAGCACCACCCACGCUGUUGCUGCGCACCAGCACCGCCACGCUAUUGCUGCCACGCAUCACGCCACCCACACUGUGCUUUCACCUGCACCAGCACCACCCACGCUUAUUGCUUUCGCACCAGCACCACCCGCGCCAUCGCUGUCAACACCACCCACGCUUCAUUUCCACUCCAGCGCCAACCGCCAUCCCACGCUUCACUCUUCUGCUGCCGCCUUCCACCACGCUCGUUCAUGCUUCAGCGCACCCGCCACCUUGUCUGCACUGCUCCCACGCGUUCUGCGCACGCCAGCACCGCCACGCUUGGUGCUGCGCACCAGCACCACCCACGCUGUUUCGCCAUCAGCACCACCCACGCUGUGCUGCACGCCAGCGCCGCCACACGUGCCAGCACUGCACGCACCAACGCCACCCACGCUGUUGCUGCACCAGCACCACCCACGCUCGUGGCUCGCACAACACCGCUCACGCUUCCACGCACGCCAGCACCACCCCGCUGUUACUCACGCACCAGCACCACCCACGCCUGUUUCACACGCCAGCACCACCCACGCUCGUGCUGCCGCACUCCAGCCUGCCACGCUUCUGCGCGCACCGCCGCGCGCGCAGUGCUGCACCGCGCCAGCACCGCCCACGGCUCGUGGCGCCGCAGUACGCCGCCCGCAUCUUUCUCGCCGUCCCACGCUUUUGCGCCGGCCGCACCCGCUCUGCACGCACCAGCCCGCCACGCUGUUGCUGCACGCACCAGCACGCCUUCCACGCUGUUAACCACGGCACCACCCACACAUUCUGCACACGUCAGCACCACCCACGCUGCUUCUGCUCACCAGCCCCACCACCCACGCGGUGCUGCACGCACCGCCGCCCACGCUUUUCUGCACCAACGCCACCCACGCUCUUUGCCGCACCAGCACCACCCGCUCUUCGUCUCCAGCACCACCCACGCUGUUGCCACGCCAGCACCACCCACGCUGUGCUACGCACCAGCACCACCGCUGGCUUCACACACUCAGCACCACCCACGCAUGCACGCGCCAGCACCACCCACGCUGUUAUGCGCACGCAAGCGCCACCCACGCUGUUACUGCACGCACCAGCACCACCCACGCUUGUUGGCUCGCGCUCAGCGCCUCGCGCACGCGUGGCUGCCGCCAGCCGCCACGCUGUUCUUCGCACUAACGCCACCCACGCUGUUCUGCCGCACGCCAGCGCCACCCGCUGUUACCGCAUGCCACGCCCGCGCUGUUGCUGCCGCGCAACACCACCCACGCCGUGCUGCGCACGCCACCGCCACCCACGCUGGACUGCACGCACCAGCACCGCCCACACUGUUUCUGCCGCACGCCACCCGCUGUGCUGCACCAGCACCACCACGCCCAUUCACUCCGCCCACGCUUGUGCUUCACCUACACCACCCACGCUGUUCCGCUCACGCACCAGCCCACCCGCCAGUUUCUCCACGCAGCACCACCCACGCUGUGCUGCACGCACGGCACCACCCACGCCAGCCUUACGCACGUCGAGCACCGCUCCGCUCUCACGCACGCCAGCACCGCCACGCGUGCUGCACGCACCAGCACCACCCACGCCAGCGCCACCCACGCUGUUAUGCACGCCAGCUACCGCCGUCUUCUGCGCACACCAGCCCGCCGCGCUGCACGCCAGCCGCCCACGCUGUUUCUGCGCACCAGCACCACCCACGCCGUGCUGCACAUCAGCACCACCACGCUCGCUGCACCAGCACCGCCCACGCGGUGCUGCACCAGCACCACCCGCAUGUUCUGCACACCAGCACCACCCAUGCUGGUUCACGCAACGCCGCCACAUAUUCACGCCAGCACGCCCACGCUUUUGCUCACACACCAGCACCACCCACGUUGUUGCUGCCACACGUAACACCGCCACGCUUGCUGCACGUCAGCACGCUCACACAUCCGCACACCAGCGCCGCCCGCGGCAAACGCACGCCGACGCCGUGCGCGCUGUGGCUGCGCACCAACGCCGCCGCUUUCGUGCUCGCCGUCCGCCCUCCACACGUCACGCAGCACCACCCGCGCUGUUAUGCACGCACCGACACCACCCACGCUGUUGCUGCGCACGCUGGCACCGCCACGCUGUGGCUGCGCGCCUGGCUCCACCACGCAUUAUGCACGCCAGCACCGUGCACGCUGUGUCUGCACGCACGCCAACCUCGUUGCGCGGCAGUGGCACCACGCUCACACCCGCAGUAUGCGCGCGCCUAA